AUGUCAAAUUUUCUACUCCUGGAGGUUCAUAGGCAGAUAACUAAUCCACUGAGUGAUGAGCAAUGGCAGCAUCAACGUGAAUGGGAAGAAUAUGGAUUUGAUUUUGGCUCUAAUACCACCCGCUAUAAUGCUAUUGUUCAUACUAUACAUGCCCCAUCUGGUCGGUCAGCUCCACCAUUCCGUCUUGGUAAAUUGGUAAGAGAUACAGAUGAUCCCACGUCUUACAGUCAUAACGGGAUGUGGAUCAAUGGCAUGCGUCUUCGAAUCAGUGGAUUGAGAGACGGGUUGGCCAGUCAGGGAUGGCUUCAGCCAGCCCAAAGCAUCUGGCUCAAUCCGAACCCUGUUACACAAGUAAAUCUUACUUUCUCUGAAGGUGAAUAUCGUUUAGAAAACGACUUGGAUCUUAUGAACGCUGUACAAGCUAUUAUGAGAGCCCGUUGGCCACAAUUAGCAAUGGCACGGCCCAUGGAGGGCCGCCACGUUAUCGGAGACUGGGAGCCUGUAUUUACCCUUGUGAUUCGUGAUAACCAACCUGAAGAGGAAGUCAGGAUAGAGGAAUUUAUGGCCGCAGCUUACCAAAGAUCUAGGCGGGAUUUGGAGGCAGCACAACUUGCAGACAGUGUACAAGAUUACUCGGCUAGACGGAAUAACCUACUUUCGUCUGUCGGGGGACUUCUUUCGCCGACUCCGGGACAUCGUACGCUUCUUCAGGAAGCAACAGAACCCGGGCAACAGGAAUUGGACUUCAGUGAAUUUCUCAACGAGCUUGCGGAUGAUAACGACGAUGCAUCCCUUCUUGCGCUUACUGGGGGUCCUGUACCGGGAAUGGACCCGCCUACUGAGCAUGCCAUUAUAGGUUUGGCUCAGAACCUUGACCCGUCCGGAGCAUCUGGCCUCCCUGAGGAAUCUUAUGAGUAA